CGGCCUGCCGAAAUGCCUUGGGCAGCUCUCAGGCUUGGAAAUGGGUGAUGGAGUCUAGCCCCAGAUCCUGACAAUCCCCUCUCUGUAGAGCUGGCAUCUCGCAUGGGCCAAGGAUCUCCAGACAAUGCCUCAGUACCUUCUGGCGAGCAGCUGCGCUGGGCUCUGGCUGAAGUGGAGCGGCUGCUAUGGGAUAUGCGGACGCGUGACCUGGGGGCCCAGGGGGCAGUGGCAGAGGCCGAACUGGCCGAAGCCCAGAGGCUGAUGGCUCGUGUCCAGGAACAGCUGACCAGCUUCUGGGAGGAGAACCAGUCAUUGGCCACACACAUUCGGGACCAGCUGGCUCAGUAUGAGUCUGGCCUCAUGGAUCUUCGUGAGGCCCUGAACCAGGCNGUCAAUACCACCCGGGAGGCUGAGGAACUCAACAGCCGCAACCAGGAACGGCUGAAGGAAGCCCUGCAAUGGAAACAGGAACUGUCCCAGGACAAUGCCACCUUGAAGGCCACUCUUCAAGCCGCCAGCCUCAUCUUGGGCCAUGUUUCUGAGCUUCUGCAGGGCAUAGACCAGGCUAAGGAGGACCUAGAGCACCUGGCAGCCAGCCUGGAUGGAGCCUGGACACCCUUACUGAAGAGGAUGCAGGCCUUUUCCCCUGCCAGCAGCAAGGUGGACUUGGUAGAGGCUGCUGAGGCCCACGCUCAGAAGCUGAACCAGCUGGCGAUCAACCUGUCUGGCAUCAUCCUUGGCAUCAAUCAGGACCGCUUCAUUCAGAGGGCCGUGGAAGCCUCCAAUGCCUACAGCAGCAUCCUUCAGGCUGUUCAGGCUGCCGAGGAUGCGGCAGGCCAGGCACUGAGGCAGGCCAGCCGCACAUGGGAGAUGGUGGUGCAGCGGGGCCUAGCAGCUGGAGCCCGGCAGCUGUUAGCCAACAGCAGUGCCCUGGAGGAGACCAUCCUUGGACACCAGGGGAGGCUGGGCCAUGCUCAGGGCCGUCUGCAGGCUGCGGGGAUCCAGCUUCAUGAUGUCCGGGCCAGGAAGAACCAGCUAGCAGCCCAGAUCCAGGAGGCACAAGCCAUGCUGGCCAUGGACACGAGUGAGACCAGUGAGAAGAUCGCUCANGCCAAGGCUGUGGCUGCCGAAGCCCUCAGUACGGCCACCCACGUGCAGUCUCAGCUUCAGGGUAUGCAGAAGAAUGUGGAAAGGUGGCAAAGCCAGCUGGGAGGCCUGCAAGGCCAGGACCUGAGCCAGGUGGAACGGGAUGCAAGCAGUUCAGUGUCCACCCUGGAGAAGACAUUGCCACAGCUGCUGGCCAAACUGAGCCGUCUGGAGAACCGUGGAGUUCACAAUGCCAGCCUGGCUUUGUCUGCCAACAUUGGUCGUGUGCGCAAGCUCAUUGCCCAAGCUCGGAGUGCCGCCAGCAAGGUCAAGGUGUCCAUGAAGUUCAAUGGGCGUUCAGGGGUACGACUGCGUACCCCACGAGACCUUGCCGACCUUGCUGCAUACACUGCCCUCAAGUUCCACAUCCAGAGCCCAGUGCCAGCNCCNGAACCUGGCAAGAACACAGGGGACCACUUUGUUCUGUACAUGGGCAGCCGCCAGGCCACUGGGGACUACAUGGGAGUGUCUCUGCGUAAUCAGAAGGUGCACUGGGUGUACAGGCUAGGAGAGGCUGGCCCCACGACUCUCAGCAUCGACGAGAACAUUGGGGAGCAGUUUGCAGCUGUUAGCAUCGACAGGACCCUCCAGUUUGGCCACAUGUCUGUCACCGUGGAGAAGCAGAUGGUUCAUGAGAUCAAGGGAGACACGGUGGCCCCUGGGAGGGAGGGACUACUCAACCUGCAUCCUGACGAUUUUGUCUUCUACGUGGGAGGUUACCCCAGCAACUUCACGCCCCCUGAACCCCUCCGAUUCCCUGGUUACCUGGGCUGCAUUGAGAUGGACACACUGAACGAGGAGGUGGUCAGCCUCUACAAUUUUGAGCAGACCUUCAUGCUGGACACUGCGGUAGAUAAGCCUUGUGCUCGCUCUAAGGCCACCGGUGACCCAUGGCUCACGGAUGGCUCCUACCUGGAUGGCAGUGGCUUUGCCCGCAUCAGCUUUGAGAAGCAGUUCAGCAACACAAAACGCUUUGACCAGGAGCUGCGGCUUGUGUCCUACAAUGGGAUCAUCUUUUUCCUCAAGCAAGAGAGCCAGUUCUUGUGCCUGGCAGUGCAGGAAGGCACCCUUGUGCUCUUCUAUGACUUCGGCUCUGGCCUGAAGAAGGCCGACCCACUGCAGCCCCCACAAGCCUUGACGGCAGCCAGCAAGGCGAUCCAAGUGUUUCUACUGGCUGGCAACCGCAAACGUGUGUUGGUGCGUGUGGAGCGGGCCACCGUGUUCAGCAUAGACCAGGAUAACAUGCUGGAGAUGGCUGANGCCUACUACUUGGGAGGUGUGCCACCUGAACAGCUGCCCCUGAGCCUACGGCAGCUCUUCCCCUCUGGAGGCUCUGUCCGUGGCUGCAUCAAGGGUAUUAAGGCUCUGGGCAAGUACGUCGACCUCAAACGGUUGAACACCACGGGCAUCAGUUUCGGCUGCACNGCUGACCUGCUAGUGGGACGCACCAUGACUUUUCAUGGCCACGGCUUCCUGCCCCUGGCACUUCCCGAUGUGGCGCCCAUCACCGAAGUGGUCUAUUCUGGCUUUGGCUUUCGUGGCACCCAGGACAACAACCUGCUGUAUUACCGUACCUCCCCGGAUGGGCCCUACCAAGUAUCCCUGAGGGAGGGCCAUGUGACACUCCGUUUUAUGAACCGAGAGGUGGAAACUCAACGGGUCUUUGCUGAUGGUGCCCCUCACUAUGUUGCCUUCUACAGCAAUGUCACAAGGGUAUGGCUGUAUGUGGAUGACCAGCUACAACCAGUAAGGUCUCAUGAGAGAACAACUCCCAUGCUCCAACUACAGCCUGAGGAACCCUCACGGCUUCUCCUGGGAGGCCUGCCUGUGUCUGGUACCUUCCACAACUUCAGUGGCUGCAUCAGCAAUGUUUUUGUACAGCGACUUCGGGGACCACAGCGUGUGUUUGACCUACACCAGAAUAUGGGGAGUGUCAAUGUAAGCGUAGGCUGUACACCAGCCCAACUCAUCCAGACCUCAAGGGCCACGGCUCAGAAGGUUUCCCGCCGUAGUCGACAACCCAGCCGGGACCUUGCCUGCACGACACCCUGGCUCCCUGGGACUAUUCAGGAUGCAUACCAGUUUGGGGGACCCCUGCCCAGUUACCUGCAGUUUGUGGGUGUCUCCCCGUCCCAUAGGAAUAGGCUCCACCUCUCGAUGCUUGUCCGUCCACAUGUGGCUUCCCAGGGCCUCUUGCUCUCUAUAGCCNCCAUGUCGGGCCGCAGUCCUUCGUUGGUACUCUUUCUAAACCAUGGACACUUUGUCGCACAGACUGAGGGCCCUGGGCCCCGGCUCCAGGUCCAGAGUCGCCAGCACUCACGGGCUGGCCAGUGGCACAGGGUGUCUGUCCGCUGGGGAAUGCAGCAGAUCCAGCUUGUGGUGGACGGCAGUCAGACCUGGAGCCAGAAGGCUCCCCACCAUCCGGUCCCCAGGGCAGAGAGACCACAGCCCUACACCCUCUCUGUAGGAGGUCUCCCUGCCAGCAGUUACAGUUCCAANCUCCCUGUGUCUGUGGGGUUCAGCGGCUGUCUGAAGAAAUUACAGCUGGAUAAGCGGCCACUGAGGACCCCAACGCAAAUGGUGGGGGUCACACCCUGUGUCUCAGGCCCCCUGGAAGAUGGCCUGUUCUUCCCAGGCAGUGAGGGAGUUGUCACAUUAGAGCUCCCCAAGGCCAAGAUGCCCUAUGUGAGCCUUGAGCUAGAGGUGCGGCCCUUGGCAGCUGCUGGCCUCAUCUUCCACCUGGGCCAGGCCCGGGCCACUCCCUAC